CUACUUAUUUAUACACAUAUUCUCCUCUCUUCUCUUUCUCAUAAUUUUCACAAAAGCCAAAAGCUAAAAGACACAAUGAAACAGAGUUCGGUUAGAUUUCUUUUCCUCUUCCUCUUUGCUUUUCUCAUCUUCCAUCAGUACUCGUUCGCUCGCCUCCUGCAACCAAAACAAGUUGAAGAAAAGGUGACAGAGAAUGAGAUCAGCCAUGAAGAAGGUUCACUAACAGGGAUGAAUGAUCUCUUAGAUCUAAUGGGGUCAGAGGGAUGCCAUGACAAAGAAGAAGAGUGUCUUAACAGAAGGAUGAUUGCAGAGGCUCACUUGGACUAUAUUUACACUCAACACCAUAAACCUUAGAUAUUCCCAUUCGUAAUAUAAACCUUAGAUAUUCCCAUUCGUAAUAUUUACUAGUACCAUGAGGGCUUUACAUGUAAGGAGAGACUCAAGUUGUGUCUGCAUAAGAAAUUUCAAUUUUUAUUUUGGUGUGGAAGUGGAGGUGGGUCUGACUAGGAAAAGCCUAGUUUGUAAUUAGAAAACUAAUGUAAUUAAUAUUACUACAUCAUCAUGGUAUGAAAAUAUGAUCAGAUGGCAACAAGCUAUAUUUAAUGCA